AUGGAGCAGGGAGGGACUCGUGGUUCGGGGAAGAGGAGGCGAAAGAGGCUUCUCCUCUGUGUGAGUGUGGUCGUUGUGAUUAUCGCGAUCUGCGCUGUUGUGUUGGGAGUGACCCUUGCUCAGGGAUCAGACGGACUUAAAAAUACAUUUCUGGAAAGAUGCCAGAAGUUCAAAGGCUACAACUGUGAAGAAGUAUGGGAUGUCUUUCAAAAGGCCUACGUGAACCAGGACCCCUGUAAAGUUCCCACAGAGGCUUAUGACCCUCUCGUUGCUUCAGCUCCCAUUGAACCUUCAUGCAACAGGGCGAUGUUCUGGAGCAAAACAAAGGAUGUGGUCCACGACUUCACUGGGAAGACAGACUGUUUCGUCACGGUGGAGGACAGUCUGCUGGGAUCUGUCCUGGAUGGGCUCACCUGGUGUGGAAAGGAAGGCAGCAGUGAAACACUGACCACCGGCUGCCCAGACUGGAACACAUGCCCCGACAACCCCGUUGGCUCCUUUUGGAAACGCAUCUCGGCUGCUUUUGCAGAUGCUGCCUGUGGUAAUGUAACAGCAAUGCUAAACGGAUCCAUCACAGAGCCAUUCAAUUCCAGGAGUAUUUUUGCUAGCAUCGAGGUCACGAGGUUUAAGUCCCCCAGAAUGAAAAAUCUCAACGUUGUACUGGUCAUGGAUGAGAAAGCUGGGACAAACUGCACAGAUGAAUCCUUAAAUAACUUACAGAAGCAGCUCGAUGAGGGAAUCAAAUACAAUUGCAAGGAAGUGCCUCAAUCUCAGAUCGAGGAAUGCAGCUCCCGCCCAGAGAAAACAUGUGGAUCCUGCUGGACUAAAUGCCUGGCCUUCCCACAGACAAGCCAAAGAUGCGAACAAAUAUUGGGCAGAUUUGAGGAAGCAUAUGUGGGCCAGAACUCGUGUGACUUCCCAGAGAAAAGAUACGAUCAACUCUUCAUUGAAAACCAAUUCACACAUUCAUGCAACAAAACGAUGUUCUGGAGUGACACAAAUGAUCUGGUUCACAAGUUCACUGAGAGGAGGGAUCACUUCAUCACCCUGGAGGACACACUGUUGGGCUUCAUCAUGGAUGGUCUGACGUGGUGUGGAAAGAAGGGCAGCAAAGAAACCUUCAUCUAUCAGUGCGAAAAGUGCCCAGUCAACACCGUGAGUUCAUUUUGGAUCAAAGCCUCGGCCGAAGUACGUGUGGGGGGAAAUUUUACAAGACUUUAUUGCACCAUUAAUUUAUCAUCUUAA